CAGUGAUUGGAAGGUUUUGGUCUGGAAUUAUCUCGUCUCGCGCAGGACUGGGUAUGUGCGCUUGAUCAAAUGACAUAGUCGGAGCCUGAAACAUAGCAAGGAGAGCUGGGCCGAAGUAAAACAGAAUUUUUGGAAAAUAUACACAACAUUUUGCAACUUCAAUACGAAAUAUAUAGAUAUAAGGGAGUAAACCCCCUGAACCAAAAGGAUUGGCCACAUCUGCUGGAGAAAAAGGUCUCCAUGGUGCCAUGCUGGAUUUCUGUCUCAGCAUCAAUAUGUUCUCUAUCCCUAUGGAUCUGUAUGACCCCCUGCACCAAUGCUGGUCUCUCUACAAGCUUCCUCAACAUGCCCCCGCACCAUGGAUCCCCCAGUGAGGGUUUCCAACUGAGGUAGCCUGUGAGAAGAAAGAUUUGAGUUUUGAGUUUUUGUCCCAUCCUCCCUCACCCACUCGCCUCGCCCCCCCCCCCCCCCCCCGUACAUAUUCACCCGUACCUCCACUCCCCCAACGGGGGAAAACUAUGCUCCUGUUCUCCCUGAGCUGAACCAGGAAGGGACAGGACGAGGCACACCAUCAGAGCCCACAGGGGUGACCACCAGUGCCCAACAAGCUCCCACAGAGCGCAGUCCAGCCCAGUCAAGUCUCAACAAGUCACUGUGCCAAGAUGACAGUGCUUCCCUUUUACAUCGCUGCGGUGGGAGUCUGCAUCCUACUGGUGAUCAGAGCUGAAGGUAUUCAAACUGGUCAGAAUCCAGACCACAUGCUCCACGGCACCGGGCACAAGCAUGAGUCCAGGAAGCCCGGGGACGACACCACGGUGGCCCCAGAGGACGCCGCCCGCUUUCUGAGCUGCUACUGCUCGGGUUACUGUCCAGAGGACCACAAAAAUAACACCUGCGAGACGAAUGGCCAAUGUUUUGCCAUCAUAGAGGAGGAUGAGAACGGAGAAGCUAUUCUGACCUCUGGCUGCAUGAAGUAUGAAGGCUCACAUUUUCAAUGCAAGGAUUCGCCCAGGGCUCAGACAAGGCGAACGAUCGAAUGCUGCGGGACGGACUUCUGUAAUCGGGACCUGCAGCCCACGUUACCUCCCCCAAUGGACACUGGUUCCUACUUUGGCAGUGCCCACUGGCUGGCGUUCCUUAUAUCAAUGACCGUAUGCUGCUGCACUCUCAUCUGCAUCACAGUAGUCUGUUACUACAGGUACAAGUGGCAGACGGAGCGGCAGCAGUACCACCGGGACCUGGAGCAGGACGAGGCCUUCAUCCCUGUGGGAGAGUCUCUCAAAGACCUCAUCAACCAGUGUCAGUCUUCUGGCAGUGGCUCUGGGCUCCCCCUGCUGGUGCAGCGCACCAUUGCCAAGCAGAUCCAGAUGGUGCGUCAGAUCGGCAAGGGGCGCUACGGCGAGGUGUGGCUGGGCCGCUGGCGGGGAGAGAAGGUGGCCGUCAAGGUGUUCUUCACCCGGGAGGAGGCCAGCUGGUUCAGAGAGACCGAGAUCUACCAGACAGUCCUCAUGAGGCACGAGAACAUACUGGGUUUCAUAGCGGCAGACAUCAAGGGUACCGGGGCCUUCACCCAGCUCUUCCUCAUCACAGACUACCAUGAGAACGGCUCCCUGUACGACUACCUGAGGUUCACCACGCUGGACACCCAGAGCCUGCUGCGACUGGCCUACUCCGCCGCCUGCGGCCUGUGCCACCUCCACACGGAGAUCUACGGCACCCAGGGCAAGCCGGCCAUCGCCCACCGAGACCUGAAGAGCAAGAACAUCCUGAUGAAGAAGAACGGCACCUGCUGCAUCGCCGACCUGGGCCUGGCCGUCAAGUUCAACAGUGAUACCAACGAGGUAGACGUCCCACUGAGUACACGGGUGGGGACCCGGAGGUACAUGGCCCCAGAGGUGCUGGCCGAGACCCUGAACAAGAACCACUUCCAGGCCUACAUCAUGGCUGAUAUAUAUAGCUACGGCCUCGUCAUCUGGGAGAUUGCCCGCCGCUGUAUAACAGGAGGUAUAGUGGAGGAUCACCAGCUGCCAUACUAUGAGAUGGUACCGUCAGACCCGUCCUUUGAGGACAUGCUGGAGGUGGUGUGUGUCAAAGGGCUGCGGCCCACCGUGUCCAACAGGUGGAACGGUGAUGAGUGUCUGAGAACCAUGCUGAAGCUGAUGUCUGAGUGCUGGGCCCACAACCCUGCCUCACGCCUUACCAUCUUACGAGUCAAGAAGACCCUGGCCAAAAUGGUGGAAUCACAGGACAUCAAAAUGUGAUAUUUUACCCCUACGUACUCAACACAGCCCGAUCGAGAGCCUGAACUCCCCAGUGUGUCCUAAUGUCAUGAUACAGAAUGUCACCUCUGUUCAGGAGGUGGGGGAGG